AUGUCUAAUAGCCCAGAGACUCACCAAAAACGAAAAGCCCCAACCGGCAAGCUAUACGCCAUUGCCGAUAUCCACGUCUCAUUCCCCAGCAACCGAACAGCCUGGUCGGACCUAGAGCCGCAUCCCGGCGAUGGCCUCAUUCUAUGCGGCGACAUCGGAGAGACCAUUGAGCAUCUGCAAGUAGCAUUCUCUAUAGCCACUAAGUGCUUCGACACCGUAUGGUGGUGUCCCGGCAACCACGAGCUGUACUCGCUGCCAUCGGGAUCUAGUGCUGAUGUCCGUGGCGAGAACAAGUAUCAGCAAUGCGUUGAAGUAGCGCGCUUAUAUGACGUUCUUACUCCUGAAGACGAUUUUGUCGUGUGGGAAGGCCAGGGUGGUCCCGCUGUGGUUGCGCCGAUUUUUACUUUGUACGACUAUUCGUUCAGGCCUAGUGAUGUGACUUUACAGAACGCAGUUCCGUGGGCAAGAGAGCACAACAUCGAGGCAACAGAUGAAUAUUUGCUCCAUCCAGACCCUCACCCCAGUCGCGAGGAGUGGUGCAAAAUUCUCGUUGAAAAGUUCGAAAGCAAGCUUGAGGCUGCAAAGUCGCGGUUCCCAUCGCUGCCUUUUAUUAUUGCCAAUCACUGGCCGCUUCGGAAGGACCUUGUAAAUCUUAAAUAUAUCCCACGCUUUACUAUAUGGUGUGGUACAGUUUUGACGAAUGACUGGCAUCAGAGGUUUAAUGCAAAGGUGGUUAUAAGUGGGCAUUUGCAUAUCCGGCGGACGGACUGGAAAAAUGGAUGCCGGUUCGAGGAGGUUAGUCUUGGGUAUCCGCGACAGUGGAAGGCCUGUGCUGAGAUGAAUUUGGGAGUUAAUGAGCUCUUAAGAGAGAUUUUGCCGGGGCCAGAGACUCCUCAGGAUGGAGAGGCGCCAACGAAAUGGAGGAUAUAUGGCUAG